AUGGAUGGAUCUGGUGUGUUAUUUGGCGCAUUCGGCGUCCGUCGCCCCCCCAGGAUAUGCUGCUGCUGGAGCGUUUUCAUUCUGCUCAGCGUCUUCUUUCACAACUACCUGAGCUCCUCGCUGGAUUGCCCGCCCACCUGCACCUGCUCGCCCACACAGAUCUACUGCAAUAAGUCCGACAACAGCAAGUUCUUCCCGCUGCUGUCCUUCCAGGGCGCCGGGAGCGCCGGGAACAGCACCGGGAGCAUCGAGGACCUUUUCCAGAACAUCACCUCCAUACACAUUGAGAACUGGACUGGUCUGCAGAUCCUGAGGGACAUGGAUAUGGAGCUCUACACCGGCUUAGAGAGGCUCACUAUCACGAGGAGCAACCUGCAAAUGAUCAAUGCUCGUGUCUUCUCCAAGAACCCCCACCUGCGCUACAUAAACCUGUCCAAGAACCCAAUGUUGACCACGUUGUCCUGGCAGAUCUUUGAACAUCUGCAGCUCUUUGAACUUCAUUUAGAGGAGGUGGUGUUUAUCUGUGGCUGUGAGAUCCGCUGGCUGCAGCUAUGGCAACAGAGAGGAGAGGCGGGUCUAAGCAGCCAACAGUUAUACUGUGCUGAUGGCUCCAGGAAGAUACUGUUGCACGACAUGAACAUUAGCAGCUGUGACUUGCCGGAUAUCAGUGUCAGCCACAGCAACCUCACAGUCAUAGAGGGUGAUCGAGUAACAGCGAUCUGCAACGGCUCUGGAUCCCCGUUACCUGAGGUGGACUGGCCUGUCAAUGGCUUGCACUCCAUCAAUGCACAAGAGGCCAAAGUCUACGACAACACUAUCCACUCCAUCAACAUAACCUUGGUCAAUGUGAGCAGAGACGACAACAACUUCCUGCUAACCUGCACCGCCACCAACAUCGUGGGCAUGACCAAUGCUUCCGUCCAGCUAACUGUUCACUUUCCUCCCUCCGUCGUGAAGCUAAAGGAACCAGAACGUCGCCAUGACACGUGCAUAGAGUUCACUGUUCGAGGUUCGCCCCACCCGACCUUACGAUGGUUCUACAAAGAUAAGGAAAUUUCCCACACCGAGUAUGUGCGCCCUGAUAUGGAUAUUUACCAGGACUACAUAGAGGGCUGCCUAACCUUUAAAAACCCAACACACCACAACAAUGGCAACUACACUUUGGAGGCCACCAACUACCUGGGUGUAGCCACCAGCACCGUGUAUGGACAUUUCCUCGACAAUCCCUUCGAAGAACCAGAUUACGGUUAUGUAACCCCAACUGCAGAGACUCACAAACCUGAGGAGGAGACUUUUGGGGUCUCCAUAGCAGUAGGCCUGGCAGGGUUUGCCUGUGUGAUGCUGGUGGUUCUCUUCCUUCUCGUCAACAAGUAUGGACGACGGUCCAAGUUUGGCAUGAAAGGACCAGUAGCAGUGAUAAGUGGUGAGGAAGACUCUGCAAGCCCCCUUCAUCAUGUGAACCAUGGGAUUAUCAGUCCCUGUACGCUGGACGCGGGGCCAGAUGCUGUGGUGAUUGGAAUGACCAGGAUCCCCGUCAUUGAGAACCCACAGUACUUCAGACAUGGACACAACUGUAACAAACCCACCACCUAUGUUCAGCAUAUUAAACGGAGGGACAUUAUCUUGAAGAGGGAGCUUGGAGAGGGAGCCUUCGGCAAGGUCUUCCUGGCUGAAUGCUACAACCUGAGUCCCACCAAGGACAAGAUGCUGGUAGCUGUAAAGACUCUGAAGGACCCCACUCUUGCAGCCAGGAAGGACUUCCAGCGUGAGGCUGAGUUACUGACCAACCUCCAGCAUGAGCACAUAGUGAAGUUCUAUGGAGUGUGUGUGGACGGAGACCCUCUCAUCAUGGUCUUUGAGUACAUGAAGCACGGAGAUCUCAAUAAGUUUCUCAGAGCCCACGGGCCAGACGCCAUGAUCCUGGUGGAUGGACAGCCUCUGCAGACCAAUGGGGAGCUGGGUCUGUCCCAAAUGCUUCACAUAGCAAGUCAGAUCGCAGCUGGGAUGAUCUACUUGGCGUCUCAACACUUUGUGCACCGCGAUCUGGCAACCAGGAACUGCCUGGUGGGGAAUGGCCUUCUGGUGAAAAUAGGAGACUUUGGCAUGUCCAGGGACAUUUACAGCACAGAUUAUUACAGGGUAAGAACACGUCUGCUUGUGGGUGGUCACACCAUGCUCCCUAUCCGCUGGAUGCCCCCGGAAAGCAUCAUGUACAGGAAGUUCACCACAGAAAGCGACGUGUGGAGCUUCGGAGUCAUUCUGUGGGAGAUAUUCACUUACGGCAAACAGCCGUGGUUCCAACUUGCCAAUAAUGAGGUGAUAGAGUGUAUUACUCAGGGGAGGGUACUGGAGCGCCCCAGGCUGUGUCCCAAGGAAGUCUACGAUAUUAUGCUGGGCUGCUGGCAGAGAGAGCCCCAACAGCGCCUCAACAUUAAGGACAUUCAGAAGAUGCUGUUUACUCUGAUGAAAGCCACACCAGUCUAUCUGGACAUACUGGGUUAGAAAUGGAUACGAGUGGAAAGAAAUGGGAUGUAUUUUAGGUUGGACUAGAUCAUCACCGGAAUAGAAAUGAGUACGCUGGUUCGGAAGGAAAUGGAUUGCCUUGGAGCCAAAGUCUGGCCUGGACUCACAACAUAGUCUGUAGUGGGACCAUGUGAAUCCGAAUUAGGAAUGAACUGUACCUUGCAUCCAACUGCCUGACAUAUGAGGACUGCAAUGACCUAAAUAAA